AUGGAUUCGGUGCGAGAGCGUAUCGCAAUCCUCGAGCCCAAGAUCGACAAAAUCAUGAAAAUCGGGGGCACCGCCGGCCUCUCACUGGGUGUUCUUCACCACGGAGAGCCAAUCUACCUUGCCAACUUCGGCUUUCGAGACAUCGAGAAACGCCUAGCACCCGACGCAAACACCAUAUACUCAUGCUGCUCCCUGACCAAGGCAUUGACCUCGGCGGCCGUCGGCCUGCUCGUUGAGGAUGGCAAGGUCAAAUGGGAUACACUUCUCACGGAAGUUGUGCCCGAGUGGCAUACUAGAGACGACGUGCUACACACACAGACGACGGUCGCUGAUUUACUUUCCCAUCGCACUGGCAUGGCAUGGGCAGACAACCUAUACAUCAGCACCAACAACAACGUUAUGAUCUCGUCGAAGGAUAGCCUUCAAUACCUCAUCCACCAAGAAGCUCUCCUUCCCUUCCGUGGCCAGUUCGCGUACAAUAAUCUGGGCUAUGAGGUCUCCGGGCACGUCAUUCAAAAGCUCACUAGCUCUUACUGGUCCGACAUAAUACACUCCCAAAUCUUGGGUCCGCUUGGAAUGCAACGUACUUCCUUCAAGACUCCUCCUCCAGGUACGGACAAUGUGGUGGUGGCUCAUUGCACCUUGGAUGAUGGGACACAUACACCAGUUGGCGGCGUACGAGCGGGAGAUGAUCUUUUUGGAGGACCAAGUGGCGGCUUGCAAAGUUCAGUAAAUGACCUCCUGAAGCUAUAUUCCGUUUUCUUCAAGUCAUUCAAUGAUCAGUUCACGCAUGGAGGAACAACAACGGAAGGUUCGCCCUUGAAACAAGUCAAUCACUUAAUGUCGGCUAAGGUUCCGGUAAAUCCACCCACCCGAACCGAGACUUCAUAUGGCUACGGUUGGGCCCGCGUACAACUGGCUGCUACUAUGGGAGACAUAGGUUGCAAUCCUCCAUUGAUGCCGGAUGGUAUGCCUGUCGUAGGCAAGGGCAUCCCUUCGCAGCUGGUCAUCUAUCACCAAGGUAGUUUGCCAGGGGCAUUGACUGCCACCAUGUUGAUCCCAGAAACCGAAAGCGCUAUCGUUAUCUUGACCAACUCCUUGGCCCUCAAUGACGUGCCUGACUGGGUCGGACAACUUAUCCUGGAGGCAUUGCUGGAUGCACCCAAGGAAUUGCGGAAUGACUACAUCAAAGCCGCCGAGGUUAGCCGCGCAACAACUCUUAAGUGGUACUCGACCACUACCGAGGAGCUCUUCAAGGAACAAAAGAACGGAAUAUCUCCCAGGGAUUUGUAUGAGUACGUUGGAACAUACUGGGAUCCGGCUCGCGUUUUCAAGAAAUUUGCUCUGACUCAUUACCAUGACGACGUAUUCACUUGGAUCCAGCCUCGGAACGAGCUGGUCAAGCGAGGACGCUGGGUUGAUCAAGGUCCCGACUUCUGGAAGGUGGACUUCAGGGCUGACGGGGAGGGUCGGAUUGAGAGCUUGUUCUGGGUCUACGAUAUCGGCGUGCCAGCUGUAGAACACCGUAAAUAA